AUGAGAGAAAAACACUUUCUUACGCUCUGCAUCAGACUACUGCGCUGCGCCGCCAUCUUGACCGGAAGUGAGCGGCGUCAGAUCUACAGCGCAUCUGUGCGCAUGCGCGGCUCAGACUCAGACCAGCUGCAUGAGUUUGAGAUCAGUCCGAAUGUUGGUGUGGAGCUGCUGGAGAAAUCAGUGUCCAUCCCAGACACCAGUGAUGCUGUGGAGUUCUAUAUCUAUGAUUCAGCCGGACGGGAGCCGUUUGCAGACGCCUGUGAGAACAUGUGGAAUCAGCCGUCGCUCAUGUGUGUGGUGUUUGACAUCACCAGCGAAGCCUCGUUCACCAGUCAGCUGUGUUUGUGGUCAGGUGUGCUGCUGGGGAAUAAGAGUGACCUGUCGUCCAGAAGAGAGGUGGACGCCGCCGCCGCUCAAUCAUGGGCUCAGAGUCACGGGCUGGAGUAUCACGAGACGUCUGCUAAGGAGAUCGGUCAGUAUGAAGCUCCGUUCCUGAGUCUGGCUCGAGCGUUUCUCUCGCUCUAUCAGGAUCAGAUCCAGAUCAUCCAGAGCCUCGUUUAACCUCAUACACAGUCAGUCAUAUGCAUUAUGUACAUUUCAGUGUCCUGUUGUGUUUUUUUUCUGUGGU